CGGCAGAAUCAGCAAGCCUUGACGAGGCCCCCCGUGUGUUUUUGCGGCGGCAGCAGCAGGAGCAGAGGUGCCAAUACCCGAAACACAACAUUGGAUGCCUGGGCCCUCUCACCCUGGAGAACCUGCGGCAGGGCCACGGGCAUUGUGGGGUACCGCGGCCCCCGGUCAAGCGUUGUACGGGGUCCCCGCUGGCUCACCGGUCGACCAGGUCACCGCUGGCCUUUCACAAGUAGCACAGUAUCACCGGCCCUUGCCUCCAUCUGUAGUCGCACCGCCACUUGCCAACCAGGGAGCGAUCAAUCAGCCUCAGGUCAGCGCUGUGGGUUACCAUUUCGCUUCACUUCCAACUCCGCCUCCAUACUCGGGGACAGAAUUGCCUUCUUCUCCUGCACUUCCUGCCGGGAACUGGGAUAGUGCGAACCCUUUCAUCCUUGCCGGGCAACCGAUUUACGGAUCAUCGGUGACAGGUCAUCGAGGAUCGUAUCAGACCCUGACACAAGAGCCGGGAGUGGUGGGAACGGUUGGCGGUGUCACGAGGCCGGUUGCUGGUUACGCUGCAGACAACGUUGCGCUUGAUAUCCACACGCCGCAUCUCCCUCUUCAUCCCACCCAGAACCAUGAUGCAGUUACUUCAACACGAGCCAUUCAGGAACCGUAUGGCCAGAUCGACCAACAACUGGAUCAUGAAGCCUGGGCCACAGGAAAGCUUUCCACACUCGCUGAUGCGGGCGAGGGAAGAUCGGCGCUCGCCCAUGCGCCGGUGAACUCCAACUGCGCGGACGCGUCGGAGGAUCAUCUUGACAACGAAAGGCCGCGCGACCGAAAGAAGCGAGAUCGGUUCGAGGAAGAGCUGCGGAGGCAGACAUCAAACACGCGGAUCAUCGGUGCCUGUCUGCGGUGCCGUAACCAGCGGAUUCGUUGCGUUCCGAACAAAAGCGAGAAGAGUAACCCACUCGCCCCUUGUGAGACGUGUCGCAGAGUCCGAAGGGACUCGAAGAAGACGAUUCAUUACAUUCCUUGCGUCCGGUUCAAGUUGACUUCGAUGACCAUAUACCGUCCAGGUGGCUUGGGUUACACCACUCGUUUCGACCACACCAAGCUUGUCAACAUAGUUGACUAUAAUGACGAGCCCAUAGAGAUAAGAAUAUCACAGGGACUCUGUCACCACCCGAUGAGCCUCAAGGUUCGACGUUUCAAACCGAGGGAAACCGACAAGACACAUUGGUGCUAUUUGGAGAAUGGCGUUUCUGUGGCUCAGGAUACUGGCGCGUUUUGCCUCGCCGAUGUUGAGAAAACAGCUAAGGAGUUCAGCGCGUACGUCAAGCGUUACGCCCUCGAAGGGCUGCGGACAGUCGGCGAAGAGUCGGACGAUCUCGUGAAGCACGUGUUCCAUACGAUUGCGGCACAUUGCGAUCCGUCCUCAUCCUUCGCCCAAUCCGGAGACGACAGCGGAACGGCAAACGCGAGGAAAUAUCCAGACCAGAAGGACUUCUUGCUAAAAAUCGUCCGGCUUUGGUUUGCGAUACGACAUGGGACGGGAUCAGCUUGGCUCGACGGCGACGAGAAUCUCGGCUUGCGCCCAGGCUUUGGCCCCAACAACCCGCAUCGCGGCAAGAUUCUGGUAUCCCGAAUGAUCGUUGCCCAGUUUGACAGCAUACGGCACGAGUGCAUCUACAAGAAACUGGCCCCAGAAGUUCUCCGGACCUUCGAUACUUUCCUUGCGUCAAGCAACAAAGAGGCCUGGUUUACCGUCUUCUUGGCAACAUUUCUCCUGCUCCACCAGGUCGCUCGGACUUCUCAAGAUCGGUAUCGUCACGCCAAACAGUACUCUAGAGGCAAACAGCUUGACACCAGGUACGGGAACCUCGACAAUCCACUGACUGGCUUCGUCGAGAACGUGCACCACAGCGCCGCCAUGCUCUUAGCCCGUUGGCAAUACUUCAAGCGUUGCGACCUCAUGAACUUGGACUGGGAUGACAUUGGACAGUCGACACUGAUGUCUCUUGAGCCCGACCAAGUCGAGUGCCUCAAGGUUACCGUGAGUCUAUUGAGGGAAAGAUUGCCUUUGAUUCCAACGACGCCUGAUCAAGGCUGUUGGGAAAAUGAGCUCCUUUGGAUCUCUAAGAUGUUCGUGACAGACCAAUCGUCCGAGGGGUAUUGGAAGCCACCAGAGAUAUUCAGCUGUGCUAGGCCGAGUGUUGGCAGGGAAUGAACGUGGCGGCUUGA